AACACAGCCGCAAAUACUCGCAUUUUCUGUGUGUAAGCGCUGGGCGGGAACGCUUCUCCGAUGCCACCAGAUGCCAGUGGGACUCUGGCAUCUCCUGCACCUGCACCUGCACCUGCUCCUGCUGCUGCUUCUGCUUCGGCUGCUGCCAAUUGUCGUGCCCACCAACGAGGCGAACAGCCGUAUUGUGGGCGGUAUUCCGGUGGAUAUUGGUACCGUCCCCUAUCUGAUAAACCUCCGCAUUGGCGGAAACUUCAUUUGCGGCGGCUCGCUGGUCACACCAACACACGUGGUCACGGCGGCGCACUGCGUGAAGGGAGUCGGAGCAGCUAGGAUGCAGGUGGUGGCUGGCACCACGCGACUCACGGAGCCAGGCGUUAGGAGUGACGUGGCCAAGGUGUAUACUCCCAAGGCGUACAGCAGCCGCACCCUGCACACAGACGUGGCUGUGCUAAAGCUGAAGACACCUCUGACCGGGCCCAAGAUAGCCACCAUCGAGCUGUGCAACUCCAGCUGGAACGCCGGCGAGCUGAUCAAGGUCUCGGGAUGGGGACUAGUCUCGGAACGCAGCAAGAGUGUCUCCAUGCAGGUGCGCAGCGUGGACGUGGCCCUGAUCCCUCGCAAGAGCUGCAUGAGCCAAUACAAGCUACGAGGCACCAUCACCAAUACGAUGUUCUGCGCCGCCGUGCCUGGCGUAAAGGAUGCUUGCGAAGGAGAUUCGGGCGGACCAGCCGCCUACCAGGGCCAACUGUGCGGUAUCGUCUCGUGGGGGAUAGGCUGUGGCCGCCGAAACUCGCCAGGCGUCUAUACGAGUGUCAAGACUGUUAGAAGUUUCAUCGAUAAGGCAUUGAAUAUGUAAAAGAACCCAACCCAAGCCAAGCCAACCCAAUAAACUGCCUAAGCGGACAUAUG